GGGAGGGAGCGAGGAAGGGAGGGAGAGAGACAGAGAAAAAGAGGUUCAGAAAGCAGAGCCCUCAUAGGGUAGCAGCAUCUCAACAAAACACACUCGCUCACAGGGGGAGCAGAAAAACAAAAACGCCAAGCACUCUGAAAUCUCCUCCGUAGAAGAAACAGCAGACGCAAAAGCCUUCAGAUGGGGCCCGGAUUGUUCUGGAACUUCCCCUCCAAGACUAGCUGCACGGUUUCACAGACCCUGCUGCAGACGAUGUUGCUCUCCAAGAUGGCUGGCAUGAAGGAACAGCAAUUCAUCGAGGAGAAGCCACUACUUCCAGAAACCAGAGGCCAAGACACAGAAAUGGCGAGAGGAGCGUGUGUGAACGCAGGACCCUGCCCCCAGCCAGCACGCCCUACCCGCAAGUGGCAUGAGAUCGCUCGCCAUUGGCUCGGUGUGACACGCCGCCACCGGACCAGCGGGGGGUGCAUCCUGGAGAACUGUGAGAGCUUCAUGCCUGUAGGAGACUGGAAGGAACAUGACAUUGAGACUCCCUAUGGAAUGCUGCAUGUGGUGAUCCGUGGGGCUCCGAAGGGCAACAAGCCUGCGAUACUCACCUACCACGAUGUGGGACUCAAUCAUAAGCUGUGCUUCAAUACCCUAUUUCAUAAUGAGGAUAUGCAGGAGAUUACUAAACAUUUUGUGGUUUGCCACAUCGAUGCUCCUGGCCAACAAGUCGGAGCCCCUCAGAUGCCAGCAGGGUACCAGUACCCCACCAUGGACAAUCUGGCAGGUAUGCUGCCCAGCGUGGUGGAGCACUUUGGAUUUAAGAGCAUUGUGGGAAUUGGAGUAGGAGCUGGUGCAUACAUCCUCGCGAAGUUUGCUCUGAUCUUUCCUGACCUUGUCGAGGGUUUAGUUCUGCUCAACAUAGACCCAAAUGGGAAAGGUUGGAUCGACUGGGCUGCUUCCAAACUAUCUGGAUUGACCAGCGCGCUGCCUGACACAGUCCUGCCUCACCUCUUCAGCCAGGAGGAGCUGAUGAACAACAGUGAGCUGGUGCAGAGCUACCGGCAGCAGAUCAACAAUACAAUCAACCAGUUCAAUCUGCAGCUUUUCUGGAACAUGUACAACAGCCGUAGAGAUCUGGAAAUGAAUCGCAGUGGGACUGUACUCAACGCCAAGACACUCAGAUGCCCAGUGAUGCUGGUGGUUGGAGAUAAUGCUCCAGCUGAGGAGGGUGUGGUUGAGUGCAACUCCAAGCUGGACCCGACCAACACCACAUUCCUGAAGAUGGCUGACUCAGGUGGACUGCCUCAGAUCACACAGCCUGGAAAACUGACGGAGGCCUUUAAGUACUUCCUGCAGGGCAUGGGCUACAUCGCGUCUAUAAAGGAUCGGAGGAUGAGUGGAGGGCCAGUGCCCUCGGCCAGUAUGACUCGACUGGCACGCUCUCGCACUGCUUCUCUGACCAGCGGCGGCUCUGUGGACGGCUCCCGCAACCGAGCAUGCACACACUCUGACAGCACCGAGGGCGUGGGUCAGCUCAGCCACACCAUGGAGGUGUCCUGUUGAACUCACACACAUGUGCACACACACACACCUACACACACACACACGCACACACACAUAUACACGUGUAGAUGGAGGGCAUGAAACAGAUAGCAGUAGGGACUGAGUUGAAGGAAAGGGCAGAGAUUUGUUCCUCUGUGUGUUUCUGUUUUUGCUCCAGUGUCUUCCUCUGUCCUGCUUACAUCAUGCGAGCCCUGAAAACAACUCAUAUCAUCUCCUGCUCUCAUGUCCUAUCACAGUCUCCAGGAUUGACUGGUGGCUUUAAAGCACAGAUGGAUUUUUGAGUAAAAAAAGAGAACAAAAUCGUACAAACAAAAAUAAAAAAAUGGGGAGUGUUCUUUUUUCGGAUAAACUGGAGAAAUUCAUGACUAACCAAUGAGCUUGAGUGCUUUCAUCCAAUCAAAAAAAACAUAAGUCUGCAUAAUCUUCCUGACAUUCCUUUAAUGGUGGAUGUUUGCAGUGUUGUAAAUACAUUACUAAUGGAACUUAAGACAUUUCCACAUUUAUUUGUCAAAAAUAUUAAGGCCUAUAAAUCUUCACCACGUAAAAUGUUUAUUCAGAUUGAAAUGACUGUGUUAGGGGAGAGUUGAUGCUGUGACUUUCUCUAGAAAUCCUGUAACGGUAAAGUAAAAAGGCAAAGGAAGUUUCAGCUCCACAGUGCAGAUGGUUGCAGUCUACAGUAGCUGGCUAAUAUUAAGUAGAAGUGGAAAACCACACAUUAGAUUGAAUAACAAAAUACACCAAAGGCAAACAGAUGUGUGUUUUCUUUUCAUUCUGGUUAAAAAUAAUAAUAAUAAUAAUAAAAAUUAGCUAGCUAGCAAGCUACCGUGGCCGGGAAGCUGGCUACUCUUGGGUCUGUGUGUUAUACUGUAGAACUGCGACUAAAUUUAUUCAUGAAUUUCUCCAUCUUAGGGUUUAAAAGCAGGAAGCGGGUUGAGGGAUGUCCUGUGGAAGCAUACUGUAAUUCCAGUUCUCUGUCUUAGCCAUGAGCAAAAGGAUUGUUUGAUUGAGGCUACAGCCAAUCAAGUUUGAAGAUGUCAGUUCUCAGCCAAUCAUCACAGCUCAUUUGCAUUUCAAAAUACUUCUGAUAAAGAUGUGCUCGAAAUAGCACCCUACACUCCUUUCCGUAUAAAAUCAAUUACAGAUAUUCUGUAUUUCGUAAGCUAUGUUGUUUUGACAUUAACUUAUUGCAGUGCAUUAGUACAUGAUUUCAGAUCGUAUUAUAAAACUACAAAACUCUAAAACAGUAAAAUCGUGUGCACUACCCUGCUAAGUAAGUACUACAUGUUAAUUAUAGUGUGCACUACUAUACCAGUGAUUCCUUCAGUUAGAUGUAGUGUACUCAUUCUAGUAUGCAUGAGUAUAGUAGUGAAAACUAUUCUAUUAAUGACUCUAUCCACUCUGUCUAGUAAAACUGUAGCUCUAGCAGUGCUUACAUCACUUAACUGUAAUAUAAUCAUUGUAGUACACUGUUUUAGCCAUGACACCUUUUGUUCAUCUUUAAUACGCUAAUGGUAGUGCACUACUCUGAAAGUGACUACACCCUUCAACUGUAGUAUACUCAGUGACGUAUGUGCUACUCCUGCCAUGAUCACUCCAUCCAAAUCUAAUUUACUAUCUGUAAUGUUUGUUAAUCGACCCGUAACUUCACUUCAAUGUAGCAUACUCCUCAUAGUGUGCACUACUUAACCAGUGACUACUCCACCUGUAGUACACUUAUAGUAGUGCGCACUAUUCUAGCUCUGUUUGACUUUAGCCGUGACUAUUUCAUCCUACUCUAGUACACUAACUAUAGUGUGCACUACUCUAGUGUCUGCUUUAUUUACAUGUUGCAUACUCACAAUGUGUACACUCCACUAGUGAUGAUAACUACAUUUGAAUCUAGUACCCUAGGUUUAGUGUAUUACUCUAUUAGUGAGUACUAUUUGAUUUUAGUGUACUCACUGUAUUGUAGUGUACACUCCUUCAUCAGGUCCUGGUACACUAACUCUAGUGCACAUUACCUACCACGUACAUAAUUUCUUCAACCAAAUCUAGUACACUAAUUGUAAAGUACACUAACUCUAGCGUGCACUGCUGUUACAGUUUUUACUCCACCCUGUCCUGUACUGAGUGUAGCAGUGCGCAUUACUUUACCAAAGAAUCCUGGUAGUGCACUCUUUAAUAUUCUUUUAACUCUACUACAGUGAUUGCAGUGUACACAACUGUAGCAUAGACUUCUCCAAUCAACACUACCUAGAGUGUGCACUAUUCCAACAGUGCACAGGCUGCGUCUCAAUUCGCCUACUUGUACUAUGUACUAAAAGUAUGUACUCUUUCUGUGAAGAAAAAGUAAAAAAAUUUCAAUGUGUAGCAAAAUAGUAUCCAAGUACUGGGACAUACUAACAUGCCAUGUAAUGGAAGAGAACAUUGUUGCUGAGUUGUGCACACAAACAAACUCCUCUUUGCAUUUCAGCUUUUCUUCAUUCAUUAUUCCUUAUGUAAUUUAUACUAGAUCAUUUAAUUUACUAUUCCCUUGACUUAAUUUUUAUUUUUUAUGAUAAACAUGGUACUCUUUUUGCACAGUCUACUUCCAUUAAAAAGUAAUAGAUCAUAGCCUUGAGGGUGUGUUUUUUUUUGGGGGGGGGGUUCCCCCCAUUUCUGCUCUUUUUACACAACAUCCAACCAUUAAUCUUACGUGACAAUAAAAAAGUUUGGUUAGUGCUUAACAUUUAAGUUCUUACACUUAAAUACUGAAGACGCAUCGCCGAGGUUACACCCAUCUGCCAUAUUUGCAGGUUGAAUUUGGCAAAGCAAACAGUAAAAAAACUCCUCCUUCACGCAAGGAGUUGUGGGCAGUAUUAGCUGAAAAAGUGUCCGUAGAUCCACACUUCGAAGAUCUACCAGAAAUAGUAGACCAUCCCGCUACCUUUUGGAUACUCACUUCAAUAUACUACGAUUUGGGAAGCACCAAUUCUAAUCUCGGAUACUAUUUAGGAUGGAUAGUAGGUGAACUGAGAUGCAGCAACACAUUAUAUUUUAGUAUGCUCAUUGUAGUGUGCACUCCCCUCUGGCAUGGAAGUGGUUCUGCCUGGGAUCGGUUUAUCACGGUUUCCUUUCUGUAGACAAUCACCCUCUGACCCGAACCAAACCGGAACUGUGAACUGAGGCUGAACUUGUGUGCAGAUGGAGAGGUCAUAGGUCAUAAGCCAGUCUGUGGAACUGGAAGGCAGCAACCGUGCUUUUCUUACAGCAUCUAACUCAAAGGAAGUGUAUACCAAAGUACUGUACACACAUGGGUUCUGUAAAACCACUCUGCAUUCAGGCUCUUCUCUGGUUCCCUGAUGAACAAAUGAAUGUGAAAAUAAGCUGCACUGAUGGGUGAUGCUAAGCACAUGAGCUGUGAAAUGAUUGGCUAGAGCUGCUCCAUGAUUGUAUUUUCAAUAAGAAAGGUGUGAAUGCUCGUUGUGCCCCCUCCCCUUUCACUGCCUUACUGAAUGUUACUUCUCUCAGCUUCCUCAAUUUUGUAGGAAGUGAUGUAAUCACUAUAUUCACUACUGCAGGGGUGUUUCCUGUUCAUGUGUGUCUGUGAAGGGUGGGGCUUUCUGGAGUGUCGUGCUCCAAGCUUGGAAUGUAGGGCAAAUCCCAAACCCACAAAACUCCCUUCCCCUAAAAACUCAAGGUGCCCCGACCCUUACAGAUGCAUGCAGUCGCCCCAAAGGGCUAAUCGACCCCUGGUCUCCUUCGUUAUUGUCGAGGUACCACUCCUACAGCACACGAGAGGGCACAAACUCAUAUGCUAUCCAAAUAGAACGACGAAUAUGGCAGAUUUCAAAUAAAUUGUAUUUUGUAGGUUAUAUGAAAAGGAGAGAGGGGGUGUGUGAGUGUGUGUGAGCGAGAGAGCAAAUAUGGCAGUCAUGAAGGGUGUUCGACUCUUUGGACGGUGCUUGACCGAAACGUUUCUAUUAGAAACAAGGGAAUGAGGUAAUAAUGAUACUAAUAAUACAAUUAAUAUUGCACGUGUUUAAAUGUAGCACAUGUGAAAAUCAAACAGAGCAGAAAUGGAAAUAAAGUAUAAAAAAGGAUGUAGGCUUAACAUUUCAAUUGAAGUAAUGAAAUGAAGAUAAAAUUACUGCUUUUAAUUAAUGAGUAAAAACGGACCAGGUUAGCCACCAGUAGAAAAAAGGUUCUUACGUUUUGAGACUGAGAUUGGACAAGCCGUAAUUUUAUCCUGCCUCUGUUUGCAUGAUAAUGUAUAAACCCGAGACUGUGUUUCAUUAUUUCUGUCUGCCAGUUGUUAAGCAUGCUUCCUGUUCUCCACAUAGCCGAGUGUUUCCCACCACUGACUCGAGGUCAGGUUUUGUCUCUGACACUGUAGUAAAUGGAACUGAUGCCAGAUGAGACUCUGAACAUGAUCUAGGAUGUUGUCAGUGUGACUCCGUCCCAAAACACCUCAACAGUCUGGGUUCAGCACUCCGUGACCUGCUUUUCACUUCCCGAACUUUACCUUAGCACUCAUCACUCUUUUCCUGCUGUAGAUAUUCGCUGUUUUUAGAUUAUAACAAGCAAAAAGGAUUGCUUUGUCUUGUGAAGGUAUACAGUUCACAUCCCCACAACCUUAUUAUUAUUAUUAUUAUUAUUAUUAUUAUUAUCCAUCAUUUUUGUAUUGAGCAAUAAAUAAGUUGUUGUGUUUUGAGAUGGUUCUUCCUUUCAGAACUCAAAAAGAAGUCAGUAGGACUGAACCUUUCCUGCCUGAUUAAAACAAGUGUUCAUGUAAAAUGUAAAUCUAUAUAGAAGCCAUCAAUACAGUAUAUGUGUACUGAUCAUGUAACAACGAUAAAUAAACAAGAAAGUAACGAUAAAAUGACA